GUGGGUUUUCUAGAACCAGAACCAAUCAAAAUUCUUUCUGACAUAAACAUAUAAAGCAUACCUAUGUAUGAUCUUCUAUUCUAUUUUCCUCUCCAAAUGUAAUUUCAGACCAUUCUCUCUCUCCCAUCUCUCUCUGAAAACCCUAAUUUCAACUCUCUCUCUCUCUCUCUCUCUCUCUGUUUUUCUGUUUCUCUGUUACACAGCUGAGAUUUCAAGAUCAGCAUGAAAGGAAAGGAGAUUGUUGUACACAUGUAGAGAAUAAUGGAAGCUAAUUUAUGUGACCUUAAUCACUUGGACUCUGAUGUCCUUUUGCCUCCUCGAAAGCGGCUUCUUGCCGGAUUAAAGAAACAGAAUUUUGAUGCCAAUUCUCACCAUCCUUCGGCUUCUAGUAGUUUGAGUGGAUUUGACUCCCGUCUUAACAAUUUGAUGAGAUCUCAUUUGAAAAACCCUAAUCUUUCACCUGAGGAGAUUGUGGAGGCCUCGAGAUCAGCUGCUGCAGCUGCAGUUAGGGUGGCAGAGGCUGCAAGAGCUGUGGCUGAAGAGAAAGCUGAGAUAGCAGCAAAAGCAGUUGCUGCAGCCAAGAGUGCUUUACAAUUGGUUGAAACUGUUUCUGAGGAGGCAACUAGCAAAGAAAGAUACUUGAAGAAGAACAAGAUGAAGAAGCAUCUUCCUGUUCAGAUGUUGUACAAUAAGCACAAACGUGCUGAGAAUUGCAAGACUGAUGAAGAGUUAGCCCGGAAGCUGCAUCAAGCUAUGAAUAGCUCCCCAAGAAUUUCAAAGAACUCUUCAACUUCUGAAUUGAAGAGUAACAAAUAUAAAAGACUGAAAAAGGGCUUGCCUACUUCUGAAAAAACUAGGGUUUCAAAUGGAGGUAUAGCGUGGGAAGGAAUCCCAAGCAAUGGGAAUGGGGUAACAUGCGAGGUUGGUUCAGAAGGUUCCGUCCAUGAGGGAUACCCUGUUGGAGCAGAUGAAAACACAUUGAGACUCGUUAGAGCAGAUAGGUUAAAGAUGGAUAAUGGGGGAGCAGAAACAAGCCACACAAAAGAAAAGAUGGUUGAAUCAUCAGAUGAGACAUGUAGUAUUAGUAGAAAGAGGGGAAGAAUGAAGCAGAAAAAAUUGCCAUUAAGCAUUUGCACCUUUAGGGAUCGAGCAAACCCUAAGGAAGGGUUGAAAUAUGAGAGCUCUCCAUCCACUGAAGAGAACAAAGGGAAAUCUACUUCGAGUAAUAAGCCCUUGUUUUCUGUAAGGCCUCCUCGCGAUGGUAUGAUGCCAGUUGAGACAACAUCUAUGUGGAAGUGUCAGGCAUUCAAGGCACCCGUGUGUGUUAAACAAAACAAAGUCAUGCAGUCAUGAUGUUCAUAUCCUUCUGCCAUGAUAAACGGCUACAAGAUAGAAGUUGUUAGCCAAGGUAGGAUUCGUUUAUGCUUUUUCUUAUACAUAUGGGCUUCUUUUUUGCCUUUUCUUUUUUUAUUUGUUUUAAUCUUUUUGCUUGUUCAUGGCACUGUAAUAAUUUUGAACUCAGAUGUAUAUUUAAAUGUUUAAUGUUUGUCACCUUUGCAUCACAUCUUAGGUUGUUAUCUCUCUUUAUUUGGGAGCAAACCGAGAGUUGUACUUUGCUGAUAUGCUGCAUAUUCAACAUGCUUUUUGUAGAUUACAGA